AAAGAAGAAGAAGAAAAAAACGAAAAGUAUAACAGGAAGAGAGAGAGAGAGAGAAAGAAAGAAGAUGAAGAUGAUAAGAGAAAGAUGAAAGUAAGAAGAUAGAGAGAGAGAGAGAGAGAGAAAUAGAAAGAAAGUGUUUGUAUCAUCAUCAUUCUCAUCAUCCUGAAAAUCGUUGAAAUGGUGAACAGUGUUUUAUGAUAACCAAUAUGAUAAAUUUUCACUUCUACAUCAGAUUCUGAUUGUGAAUCUCUAAAAUUGACACCAAUUCAUGUUUUAGUUUUAUUCUAUUCUAUUCUAUUUUUUUUUCUUCCUUUGUUUACCUGGAAGAGAAAAUUGUUUUUUCUCUUCCAUUGUAACUUCUUCUUCUUCUUACCCACCAUCACCACCACCACCACCAACUUCCUCCACCUCCUCCUAUUUUUUUCAUCCUCCAUCAUCUUCAUCGUCAGUAUCUCAGUUUCCAUUAUUAUUAUUAUUAUAUAUUCGUGUUCCUUUACAUGAUAACUGUAUGUGUAUAUAUUAAUUUUCAUUCAUCAUCAACCUAAUCAUCUUUAAUCACAUAAACAAGAGCAUUUACUGAUUGCUCUAUUGAUUAAUCAUGUUGAUUAACCAACUAAUUUCACCUUAUAAUUGUUAAUUGUGUCUCUGUGUGUAUCAUUAUUAUGAUGAUGAUUUAACUGCCAAUUUGUAAAUUGUUUCUAAUCAUCAAUCCAAUUUGCCUUCACCAUUAUACUUAAACAUUUUGACUUACCUGCUGCCUUGUUACAACAAUUAACAAAUUAAUACAUCAAACUUAAUCAAAUUAACUGUCAAUCAACAAUUAAAACCCAAAUGGAUAUAAAUUUAUCAUUGGAAAACCAAUUUUAUCAUCAACAGUGUUUAUUUAAUUGGCAAAUUAUGAUUAAGAUUUAAAUUAAUCUUGAUUAUGUUUCAAUUGAAAAGCUCAUUCUAAUUAUGGAUUAACAACAGAGAGUAAAUUAAAUUAAUUAACAAUCAACAUUUUCUUUGGGUUUUCUUAAUUUUCCAUUUUUCUUUUAUUAUUAUUAUCUUCAAUAUCUUUAAUCAACUUUAAUUUACUUCAGAAUUCACUCCCUGACAUUAGCUGAUAAUCUGGAUAUUUAUUAUUUGAAUAUCAAAUAGUAUUAGUUGAUUUAAUCCGAUUCAAUUGUUAGAUUAAUAAUCAGUUAAAUUGUUACAUAUAAUUAAGUGAAAUCGUUCAUCAUAAAUUCAAUUGAAAACUGUUAUUAAAACAAUAACAAGAUAAACUUCAUCUCAAGUUCAGUUGCGAUAAUCUGAUUUACCUGUGGAUUUACAAUACAAUUUGUUUCCAGUUAACUGUUAUCCCUUUUUUGUUGAUUAUUAUUUAAUCACCUGAAUUAAAUCGUGACCCGUUAUUAGGAUGAUCUCUCGACGAGGUUUCCUCCGACUUGAGGAUGAAAUUGGUGCUCGUGAUGCGAUUUACUUGGAACCUUUAACAGAGGAAAAUUUCAUCUCAAAUUUAUAUCAGAGAUUCAAAAGGGACCAAAUUUAUACUUAUAUUGGAACCAUGGUAAUCUCAAUAAAUCCUUACAAAAAUCUUGGUAUCUAUUCAAAAGAGGUGAUUGCUGCCUAUCAACAUCAUAAUAUGUUGGAAUUACCUUCUCACAUUUACGCUUUGACUGAGUUUGCGUUUCAAUCAAUGAAUGAACGUAAUCAGGAUCAAUGUAUCAUCUUUACCGGUGAAAGCGGAUCCGGUAAAACUGAGGCUGCAAAAGUUGCAUUACAAUAUCUGGUUAAGGGUGAAAGGUCAACAGGCUGUGAUUCAGAUUCACUUCGUGAUCAAGUCCUAGCAGUUUGUCCGAUUCUAGAAGCUUUUGGAAAUGCUAAAACCCUUCACAAUGACAAUUCAACCCGAUCGGGCAAAUUUUUAGAGCUCGAAUUUGACUUCACUGGUUACCUUGUGGGUGGAAGCAUAACUAAUUAUCUAUUGGAAAAGUCUCGUACUGUUAAACAAUCAAUUGGUGAACGUAAUUUUCAUAUCUUUUAUCAACUAAUCAAAGGAGCUGAUGUUAAUUUGCUCAAAACGUUAAAAUUACAGCGAAACAUUGAAAUGUAUGAGAUAAUCAAAACAUCUCAACCAGAAUUGAUGCAAUUUUUUGAUGAUAAGGAUCAAUUUUUUCAAACAAAGAGAUCUAUGGAGAUUAUUGGAUUUACACCAGAGGAGAUAUUAUGUAUUCUUUGUGUAGUUUCAUCGAUACUUAAAUUAGGUAAUUUACAAUUUCUACCUCGAUCUAAUAUGGAUGGAACUGAGGGUUGCUCAUUACUAAAUGAAUAUGAACUUUAUGAUAUUUGUGAAUUAUUGUUAUUGGAUGUUAAUCUCGUUGAGUCUGCCUUAACUCAGCAAACGAUUGAGACUCGACAUGAAGUAAUUGUUACUGAUCUUUCAGCCACUGAGGCUAGUAAUGCUCGAGAUGCCUUAUGCAAAGCCAUUUAUAACCGUCUUUUUACCUGGUUAGUUAAUCGGAUUAAUGAAGCUUUGAAAGCUAAAAGGAUUGGUAAACGAAGGUCAAUUGGGAUAUUAGAUAUUUAUGGAUUCGAAGUUUUCGAGACUAAUGGUUUUGAUCAAUUUCUCAUUAAUUAUUGUAAUGAAAAGUUACACCAAAUUUAUGUUGAUAUGAUUUUAAAAGAGGAACAAGAUGAAUAUAUCCGAGAGGCACUUCAAUGGAAAAAGAUUGAAUUUUUUAACAAUUCAAUUGUUUGUGAUCUGAUUGAAAAGAAUAAUCAGGGAAUUCUAUGGAUUUUGGAUGAAGAAUGUUCAAGAUCUAAUCCAAUAUCUGAUGAAACUUUUCUCCAUAGGAUAAGUAAUACUUUCCAAGAAAAUGCUUACUUUGAAUCUCAAGAAAGUCAUGGAUGUAAAAGUUUUUAUAUUCCUCAUCAUUGUUCAACUGAAUUACAUUCAACAUCAACUGGACACUCUAACCUCCUACUACUCAAUACACUUCCUUUUUCCUGUUUCCGAUUGAGACAUUUUGCUGGACCGGUAACUUAUUCUGUCUCUGGUUUUAUCGAGAAAAAUAAAGAUCAUCUCUCCAGAGAUUUGUCGUUGGCCAUGUUUUCCUCUGAUCUUCCCUUGAUGAAGACUCUUUUCCCUGAGGGUAACCCGAAACGAACCAAUUUAAAACGACCUACAUCGGUAACGGUUCAAUUUAAGAUCUCAAUGGAAGCUCUGAUGAAAAAUAUUAACUGUAAACAGCUCAAUUUUGUUAAAUGUCUGAAGCCCAAUGAUCUUUGUCAACCAGGAAUCUUUCAGGCCGAUCUUAUUUCCCACCAGGUCAGAUCAACUCUCCUUCUUGAAACAGCCAAACUACAACGAGCCGGAUAUUUUUACAAAAACGAUUACAUCUCAUUCCUUAAACGAUAUAAGAUGUUAUCUUCCGUUACAUGGCCCAUUUGGCCUGGACUAUCGGCCCUGGAAGGGGUCACUCUUUUGCUCAAAGAUUUACCUGUUUACAUGCCUCAAUAUGCUUUUGGUAGAACCAAAAUUUUCGUUAAACAUUAUCGAACUGUUAUUGAACUUGAAGAAUUACGAUCAGAAAAACUCGAUGAAUUAGUUACAAUGCUUCAGAAACUUUGGCGAUCAUGGAUUUGUAGGAAAAAGUUUACUUCUCUACGGCGAAGUCAAGUUAUAAUUGCUCAUAAUUAUCGCCUUUGGAAGAGACGAAGAUACUUAUUGUGGUUAUCGAGAAAUUUACCUUCGACAUCGCCAACUUGCCGUGAUUGGCCUCCGUGUCCAGAUUCACUUAGGGAAUCAAGUAGUUAUCUCCGGAAAUAUUAUCAUCGAUGGAGGUGUUUCAAGUAUCGACAAAAAUUUGACCAAACGGCUCGAAAUCGGAUGAGGGAAAAAGUGACCGCAAGUUUGAUUUUUAAGGCUAAAAAAUUGUCAUAUUUGAAGAGUGUUUCCCAUCCCUUUCGAGGGGAUUAUUUGAGACUUCGUCAGAACUUAAAAUGGAAACGAAUCGCCGGUGAAACUGGUGAUCAAUAUGUCGUCUUUGCCGAUAUCGUUAAUAAGAUAACUCGAAGUAGUGGAAAAUGUGUCCAAAAGUUACUUGUUCUAAGUACCUGUUCGAUGAUUGUUAUGGACCAACGAACGUUACAAAUUAAAUAUCGAAUUCCAAUCUCAGAUAUAUUUAGAGUCUCAUUAAGUCCAUAUUCAGAUGAUAUUGUUAUCAUUCAUGUUCGUUGUUCGGAAGCAACUAAACGUCGUGGAGCUUUUAUCCUCGAAUCUGGUCAUGUUAUCGAAAUAGUUACCAAGUUGUUUCUCGUAAUUCAAAAUGCUACAGCCAAACAACCAGAAGUUCAAAUAGCUAAAGAGUUCGAAGCAAAUUUUGGUAAGGAAAAUAUUCUGGUAUUAUUUAGGUGCUCAAGUCCCGAAGGUUCUGGCCCAGCCAAGAUUAUUCGUAAAACUGCCAAGAUGGAAGUGAUCCUUUGAUGAUGAUUCGCCUUAAAUUUUAGCAAUUAAGAUCAAUUAAUUAAUUGUUAAUAUAAAUUUCUAUUACUUAAUCAAUCAACACAAGACAAAGUUAACUUUUCAAAUGAAAAAGAUUAAAGAAAAACAAAAUGGAACAAAAUUUAAUUUAAUUGUUAUUCCAUUAAACAAUCUUAUUGCUCAUCUCGCUAACAAAAUAAAAGCCUAACUAAUUAACUAAUUAAUAAAUUGUAAAAUGCAUAUAAAAUAUUAAUACAACAUGAACAUUAAGACAAUUCAAUAAUUUCAAUCAAAGAUAAACUUAA